AUGCUGGGUAAACUGCGCGAAAAGCUUUGCUGUGGUUGCAAAGAAGGAAGCGAUGAUACCGAAGAAAAUUCCCGCCCUGCCGAUUUGUCUCAAAAGGGUAAGGAUAGGGUUGUGUCCGUAGGUGGUCAUUCUUGUGAGGCCGCGAAGAAAGUGAGUGUCGACCGACCGGCCAAUGACGCGAAGCAUGUAAAUGAGGAAUCAACCGAAAGAUACUCGAAGACUCAAAACCCCGAUCAGCGAGACGAAGUCAAGUGCCUGGGAGAUCCUGAGCACGAUGGGGUCGGCGCCGACGUGUCUCCUAUUAGCAGGCAACAUUCAAGGAGAGGCAGUCGGGAAAAGGACAGAAAAGAGGACCCAGAGAGUGGACCAGGGCCCUUGGAUGAACAGGACAAUGGCCACAAACAAGACAAAGCUGAGAUCCCUAAAUGCCCUGUGUCUGAGACGACGCCUGCAGAUGACGAAGCGAUCGAUAGAAGCGAUAAACCCGGUAAUGCAGACCUUUGGCAGAGGGCCUUUGACGAACUGAAUGCGGCUUUAAAGAGACAGCUGCAUGAAGAUGAAGCUAAGUCCCCGGAAAAUACAAUUAAAGAGGUCAUCGAUAAAACGAGAGAGAACUUCGAAGAAUAUCAAAAUGGAGGACUGAAGUUCAAGAAGCACAAUGGAGAAGAAGUCAAUGUUCGCGAUGUGGCUAAAAAGAUUCUUAACUCGGCUAUUCAUUAUUCGGAGAUUAUCAAAGGGAUAGCAGCAUUUGACCCUACUAACCAUGCUUCAAGCGCGUGGACAAUCGUCUCGCUUGGAUUGAUGAUGGCCAAGAACUCUGUGGAUCAAAGAGAAGCUGCUUUCAAAUCAUCUGAAUUCCUUGCUGAUAUACUGACCCGAUACCUUAUACUCGACAAGCAUUGUCGCAACAAGGAGCUAGCAAGCUCUGAUGGGCUCGAUAAUGCCAUUGUGCAAGUAUACAAAGCCAUUCUCGAAUACACAGCAGAGGUGAAAAAGCGACAGAAAGCAAGCGCUUUGAAUCGCAUAGGGAACAGUAUCUUUCCAGUUUCCGACACAGAAUUGAACUAUCUCCAGUCUGCUGUGAAGGAUCAGGACAAUAAAGUCAGCGAUUGGAGCCAAAUCAACAAUUACAUCUGCCAAAGUACCAAAGGGGACGAAAUACUCGCCAGCAUUGAGAAGGUCUAUCAGAAUACCGAGACAAUCAAGGUCAAAGUCAAUUUGGACGAACGAGAUAGAAUUCUUCGGUGGUUGUCCGACAUACAGUAUUCUCAUACUCAGAAUGAUCACCAAAGGGUUCGAACACACAAAACUGGCGAUUGGCUUUUGAGAUCAGAUGAAUAUAGAGAAUGCAAGGCUACACCAGGCAAAUUUCUGUGGCUAUAUGGACCUGCUGGCUGCGGAAAAUCGAUUCUUUGCUCGACCAUCAUUCGAGAUAUUGCAGAAGAUCACCGCAACGGGUUAUCCUACUGGUACUUUCAAUUCUCUCGUAACGAAACACAAAACGUGAAAAACAUGACUAGAAGCAUUAUUCGACAACUGGCACCUGAAGACCUUCCAAGAUCACUUGUCAGUCUAUGGAAAGAAUAUGAUCGUCAGAAUCGUGACCCAGACCAAGAAGAGUUCUUAACGGUCCUCGAUGAUGUUAUUAACAGUCAUACGAAAGAUCAUCUAUUUCUUAUUUUUGACGCACUCGAUGAAUGCCCUGAUAACGAGGUUCAUGAGAGAAAUUUACUGUUUCAGGUUCUGAAAGGUCUCAUUGACAAGCACGGGAAAAAGCUCCAUCUUCUGGCAACAAGUCGAUUUGAAGAAAAUAUUCGUUGCCGUCUAGAGGGUAGUUUGAAAAUAGAUCUUGAGGACCGAAUGAAUGAUGAUGUCGAGGCUUUUGUCCGCGAUGUACUCGAUCAUGGAAAGCUGAGCAGAUGGAAAAAAGAAAAGGGGGUCCAUGAUCAAAUUUUGGCAAAGCUAUUGGACACAAAGGAACCAAGACGUUUUCGGUGGGCUGACCUACAAAUCAAACGGCUCGAAAAAUGCAAAAAAAGGAAUCAAAUCACGAAAUCACUUGAAACGAUUCCAAAAACCCUGGAAGAAACAUACCAAAGAAUCCUUCAAGACAUUCCUGAAGAUGAAAAAGAGGAUGCGCGCUCAAUACUCACAUGGCUUAGUUUCUCUCUUGUACCACUCGAACUAGAGACAGUUGCAGCAGUGGUGGGCUUUCCACAUCCUGAGAGUGUUGUUGAAACUUGCACUACCUAUUUGGUGACUGUUAGCCCAUCAAAUGGUACUAUCAAACUCGCCCAUUUUUCAGUAAAGGAAUUCUUGGUUGUCUCAGUUCCUAAGGAUUGGUAUCAGUUAACUAUAAUUGGUGGUCAUAUGGACAUAGCUAAUCGUGCCCUUGACGACCUGCUUGACCAAACCAAGCCUCUGACCGAAGAGUCUGCACAUGGUCUGCCGCUAUUGACGUAUGCCGCCAAGUAUUGGGGCAGCCAUCUUUCAGAGCUUAGUGACCCUGAUGCCAAAUUACUGGAGCUGGAGGAAAAGAUAUACCGCCUGUUUGAAGAGCACGCAGUCUACUUGAACUGGCAGUGUGUGGCUCAAGAUAACUUUGAGAUGAGUUUCUGGAAUAUAUCCGAUGACGUUAUUGAGCAGCCCAUCUGGUUGGCCUGUGAGAUGGGAAUACAGAGUGUUGUCGCAAGGCUCCUCUCACAGGGGGCUAACCCUUGUCCAGAACCACGUUACCCAGGACUCGCAAACAUAUUUCAAAUGACUGCUUCGCGUGGUCAUGCUGCUAUCGUAAAGCAGCUGUUGGAGAACUUCGAGAUUUCAGUGGAAUUAGCUUCGGGUAUUGUGGAGUCUAUUGAUCUCGAUAAGGCCUCGGAAGAAGAAGUUGACGUCCUUCUGAACAUGCUUUUGGGCGCUGAAGUCUUAUAUGACAAGCCUGCAGAUGGAUGUGUUCUUUUGAAUGAAGAUUUUGUUGCAGCCGCAGCGGCGAACCGGGUGUCAGGCCAUCGGCUCAUGUGUCUUCUUUUGGAUAGGCAAGACAACCUCGAGGUUCCUGUUACCGAGAGAGUUCUCGAAGAAGUGGCACUCAAUCCCAGGUGCGGUGAAAAAAUAAUGCGAAUACUUUUGGACAGGAGACAAAAAGACAUCCAAAUCACUGAAGACCUAAUGGAAUGGAUAGCUGACAUGUCUGAUUUUACUCCUGGUAUAUCGACUCUGGUUCUUCAAUAUUUGGGCGCCACGGUUCCUUUGAAUCAAAACAUCAUCGAAUCCUUUGUGCGAAGGGCACCAGGGGAGGUGGUGGAAUUGCUUUUACAGAUCCGCGGUGAUGAAAUUCAAAUCACAGAAGAGUUAUUAGUAGCAGCAGCAACUCGUUACCACGAUGAUACAGUUUUUCCCUGGCUAUGGAAAAGAGUGCCUGAUACUAGAUUUACCACGAGAAGUUUGCAGCGGAUCGCAUCUGAGUGCCAUGGCUUGGAAUGGAUGGAAUUAAUCCUAGCGGAAUAUCCUCAAGGAUAUUUUCUUGCACAGAAAACAAUCCACGGGGUAGCAAAGUCUCGACAUGGCCUUCCCCUGAUGCGAAUGCUUUUAGACAAACGAAAGGCCGGACUGGUUGGUUUUGAUGUUUCAGAGGCAACGAUGAUGGCAGCUACUGAAAACGGGGACUGCUCACGAGAGAUGAUGGAACUGAUCAUCAACGCGAACUCGGAAAUUUUAAUCAACGAGCAGAUUUUAUGCUCGACAGUAGUUUGGGGAAGACUAUCUGCCUUGGAUUAUUUGCUUGAACUUGAUACAAAUCUGCAGAUCACAGAGCAAGUAUUGAUAUCAGCAGCAGGCACUUGUGAGAACAGCGAAAAAAUUCUUGAAUUAAUUUUCAACAAAUUCCCAGAUGCUCCAGUGACAGACCGUGUCUUUGAGGCAGCUGGGGGGUCCCUUGAGGAGAUCUUGUCAGUCUGGCUGAAACGAGGUCGUCAUGUACAGGAUUUCCAAGUGAUCGGGAGGCUUCUGGAGCAGGAUAUCUUGAGCUUACAGGUACUGGCGAAACUGCUCAAGGACGGACUAGUUGAAAUUGAUGACAAUCUGGUGGAUGCAAUGGGGAUCCAGGAUGCUCUGAUUGUGGCCCUUCACGGGCGCCAUGCGAUGGAAAAGCUGUUGGAUUUACGAGGAAAAGAUAUCACGGUCACUGAAGAGGUUAUAUUGGAGGCUAUGGAUGAUUUCUACGUGGAUGAUAAAGCCUUCAAAAUGUUGACCGAUCGGUUGGGACCAGCAGUACUCCUUACAGAGAAUAUUUUGGAAACGGCCUUCCUGAACGGUCAAUCUAGACUCUUGGAUUUCUUGCUGAAGGAACGAGAUUGGAAUUUCCAAAAGGUUUGGGAUGCGAUUUGGCGAAAUGACGAACUCUCAAUCCCGUGGAUUGUGAGAGGUGCGAAGACUCUUCUGAAAUAUGGAGAAUUUGAUGUUUCACAGACCCUGCUGGAGUUCCUUCCACUAAAAUCUUCCCCCAGAGAUGCGGACUUUAUUGACUUGGCCAAUUUUUGUGCCGGACGCGACAUAUCGGCACCUGCUACUGAAAUGCUCUCAGCGGAAGUAUUUAAACAAAGUGAUAAGUGGAGCAUCGGGGAAUUUAUCAAUCGACUGGGUUCGGCGGUACCGAUGACAGAGAAGGUUUGGGAUGCGCUUUGGCGAGGACCUUGCUCUUUUAAGGACAAAGUGAGAAUUUCAAAUAUUCUUCUGCAAAAUGGAGAUUUCGAUAUUUCACAAACUCUACUAAAGUUUCUUCCACUUCAAGAAGAACAAGGGGGCUUUAGCGGUGAGGAAAUUGAUGAGUUGGUUGACCUGUGCAUUGGGCAAGACAUAUCAACUCCUGCUACCAAAAUGCUCUCAGAGAUACUAUUUGAAAAUGGCGCAGCGCAUACCAUCAAAAGAUUCAUCUACCACAGACCCACGUUCCAACUCACGGAUGACCUUAUUCGGCGGGCAGAAUGGAAUAAACGGGCAUACAAGACGGUUUUGAUGCCUUUACUCGAAAAGAGCCGCGGAUCAGAAUAUCAAGGUUGCUGA